UAACAUGGAAUGAACCACUGCCAGAAGAAAAGAAUGGACUCAUUGGCAGAUACUACAUCACCUAUGCUGGAAUUGGAACUAAUAACUCAGUUCAUAUUGGAAGUGUUAUGGUGACUGCAAAAGGGAAUAAUCCAGCCUAUACUAAAGACUUGAACCUCAAUGCUGAAUUCAAAUAUACAAUAUCUGUUCUGGCUAACACAGGUAUAGGCAAUGCAAGCAACAGUGACAUUAAAUCCAGUGAUGUGUCCAGACUCUCUGAAUGUACACCAGCAAUUACUACAACUUCCCCGUCAGCAACUACUACAACUUCUCCAAUUGCUGCUAUAAUCAGUGGAGUACUGGGAGUGCUGUUUGGUAUUGCAAUUGGUGGAGGGGUGACAUUUGCAGUAAUGAAACUCAGAUAUGAGCGAAAUAGGCAAAGCACGCCUGAGGCAGCGUAUGGAGAAUCAAGUCAUACAAAGCCAACCGAAAAGACUAUUGUAUAUCAAAACAUUCCCAUGAAACAUCAAAGCACCAAUGAUAUGUACGAGGAUAUUACAGAUGGAUCAACAGCGACAGACUUGUAUGUCAAUGAGGAGAGUAUUCAAAAAAUGAAAAGACAGAUGCCACAAUCAGAUGAUGAUCAUGUUUAUGAACAACUACAGCAAAACAAACAUCAGUAAUAAUGACUUUUAAAAAUACCAACAAAAAGAAUGUGAUACCACUCUUUUGAAAAAAGAGUUUUUUACUUUAGGUGGAUAUAUAAUUUUUAUGGAUUCAAUGAAUCAAGUUAUGGCAUUUUAAUGUAUUUUUUCGAAGACCGAUUAUAAAAAAAUAGUCAGUGCCCUAUGAUUUUUAUUCUUUUAAAAUUAACUUCAAUCAUUUCCAGUGUGUGCAAUAUAAAAAUCCUGUCAUUCAGUUUAAGAAAUAACACAGUCUCUUAAUCCCCUACUCUCCUAUUCACGAACAUGGGGCAUCAAAAUGUUUUCUACCUUUAAGUAAAAAUGAAAUCGGUGACAUCAACUCUUUUUGUUUGAUUACAUUGAUUAUGAAACAAAAUUAUGUCCUGGACAUUUCAAAAUAGAAAUAUAUAUACACUUUAUUGUACAGCUAUUUUUAAACCAUCUCGAGGCAUACACACAGAGCAUUACAAAAAAAUCAACAAUGCAUUUCAUAUUAUACAAAAUUUGUACUCACCUAAACACAUGUGCCCAGCAUUCAGCAGAAUGGCUACCCAUCUCAAGCCCCAUACUCAAAACAACAUCGAGACUCAAUACAUGAGCCGCAUGGAGACGAAUGACCUAAAAAUAAGAUUUAUUCCCUGAUAAGUUUUUUAUUUCAAUGAAUACAAUGUAUGCUAUGGAUUCCACAAUGCAUGGAAUAUUUAAUAUCUUUCAAUGGUGGAUCCAGGGGGAGGGGGCUAAAAAAUGGGCAUUUUUGGGCAUAAUUUGGCCUUUUUAUUAAAUUUGGCCCCCACCCCUUGUUAAUUUCUGGAUCCGCCACUUUCUUUAGCUCAUUUAGAG